AUGUACAGAGACAAAUAUCGCCAGAAUCCCUCUUAUGACGAGCCAUUCAAUCUAUUCCCACCACAUUCUGUUAAUUCUAGUCGGGAGGCAGUCGCACCUUAUCCGAUCGAAGACGCAAAUGAAGUUAUAAAUCCAAUACCGGUGUUCACCUCUUCAACUACAAAUUCACAUUCCACAACACCAACAAGAAGGAACCAUGAUCGAUACGAAAUGCCAUUUCAAUAUGCUGAACCUGGUUUAGAUCCUUUAAUGACCUCUUCGCACGUUAGGGUACCGCCAUCGUUAUCGACACCGACGGAUUCAAGUUUCCCCAGGGAAGUACAUGUUGGCACACCGUUAAACGAAGCUAUGGUACCGCCGCCACCUUAUGAAGAAUCAGAAGCUAGGAUAUUGCAAGAAAAAGCGUAUAGGGUUGAGUCCCCUCCACAGGAAAUACAAGAACCACUUCCAGCAGCACCGCAAGCACAGGCCCAAAGGCAAGCGCAGCGACAGGCCCAACCGCAAGCACAACCACAACCAAGAUCAAAAGAUCGUCAUAAAGGUGUAGAACGUGAAAGAGAUCUUUCGGAGUAUUCACCAAAAGCCAUUGAAUUUUACAAAGUUUAUAAGGCGACCGUGGAAGACUCUACCAACUUCACCCAUAGCAUUCAAAUGAAGUGGUGCGAGACUCUAUUGGAAUAUGCAUUUGAUGACGAGUUUUUAUCACAUUACAAUAUCAAUGCAGAAAAGUUGAAAAGAACGCUAAGGCCUGAAGAAAGUUUAAAAAACCAAAAAGUUAUAUUAGGCCAUUCGUUCCGCGUUCUAACUAAACUAGUCUCUCACAAGUGUGGCUCUGCUAUGUAUCUCAUGGGGACGCUCUAUUCACACCAACCAUAUUUGCAAAUCAAAAAUAAAAACAUUGUUGAUCGUAAUGACAAAAAAGCACUCGAAUACUACUGCCGUGCUGCCAAGACCAAUCACAGCGAUGCAUGUUAUCGAGCUGGUGUAUGCUUCGAAUAUCAAAGAGGAACACCAGCUGAAGAAUUUACCAAGGAAAGAGCUUUACAAAAGGCAUUCCAAUAUUACGAAAGAGGUGCUGUUCAUUGUGCUAACUCAUCUUGCAUGUACAAAUUGGGUAUGUUCUACCUUUACGGCUUAUCGGGCCAACAGGAUCCAUUAGAGGCGCUACAGUGGUUUAAAAGGGCCAGCGAAGGUGGUAAGUCUACGCAGGCAUUGUACGAGCUGGGCAAAAUAUACGAAUUCACCUCUUUACCACCUCAAGUACAAUCGAUUUUAACCAGGUACAAUAUCAAUAGAGAUCCCGCUACAGCACUCAAGUAUUUCCACAAAUGUGCCAUGGAGUACGAUUAUCCGCUGGCACAAUGGAAAUUGGGGUACUGCUACGAGUUUGGUGAAUUACAACUACCUGUAAUUGCGAAGAAAUCUAUAGCGUGGUACGCAAAGGCGGCCCUCGCGCAGCCAAAGGGUAACCCAAUGGCAAUGUUAGCACUAAGCGGAUGGUAUUUGACAGGUGCGCCAGACGUGCUAAAACCCAACGAUAAAGAGGCAUUCAAAUGGGCUUCAAGAGCUUGCGAAGCAAGUGAUGGUAAAUUAAGUCGAGCGGAAUACGCAUUGGCUUGUUAUCAUGAGAAUGGAAUUGGAUGUCAUAGAAAUUUAACAGAGGCAAGAAUACAUUUCGAGACUGCUACAAGACUGGGUCACAUUAAGGCAAGAGAUAGACUUGAAAAGGGAUUCUAA